GUCUCUCUAAGGAACCUCUCGAGAAAAGCGUUCUUACAAGUGGAUGAACAAUCUGGAUUUAAUCUGCUCCAGGCUGCUGUCUUUGAGGGAGAAUAUGACAUUGUUUCAAAAGCUGCUGGCCUUUUGGACAACUUUGUAAAAGAGAUGGAACUUACAAAAACGGGAAAUAACGCCAAAAACUUUCCAGGAAAAACUGCAUUUGACAUCUUAUCACUUAUAGAGAGAAAAGUACUAAAUCAUUAUGGUAUCAGACGACUUUAUGAAGAGUGUGCUAAGGACAACAGUAGACUGACUGAGCUGCAGUGGGGUACAUGCAAUGAUGAUGCGGAACAGGCAGUUGAACUUGUAUUAAAUGACGAUGUUGAUGUUAAUGCCCAAGCAUCAGGCAAGGGUUACACAGCUUUAUUGUGGGCGAGUCGUUCAUCCUCGAGUCAAUUCAUUGAGACCAUCAUUGAUCUUGGGGCCGACGUUAAUGCCCACAAAGGAGAAAGCAAAGAUACACUAGAAAUGUUUCUAGUUGAUUGGAGAAACUACAUACGAACACCACUAAUGUUAGCAGCUGAUUGGAACAACUAUAUGGCUGUGUGCUUGCUUUUAAGACGUGGGGCUGGUGUAAACGUUCCGAAACGUUCUAAUUCCCCACCUUUGCACUUGGCAGUCAAAAAGAAUCACAAAAGUCUGGUCAGAUUAUUACUUGCAUACAAAGCGGAUGUAAAUAUUCAAGCUGAAGGUGACAAAACCCCGCUACACGAGUCAGUCAUAAAGGGUGACGAGAACCUCGUGAGAUUAUUUCUUGAACACAAAGCGGAUGUAAAUAUUCAAGAUAAAGAUGGCAAAACCCCGCUACAGGAGUCAGUCAUAAAGGGUGACGAAAACCUGGUGAGAUUAUUUCUUGAACACAAAGCGGAUGUAAGUAUUCGAGAUAUUUAUGGCGAAACCCUGCUGCACGUAUCAGCCCGAAAGGGUGACGUAAAGCUCGUGAGAUUAUUUCUUGAACUCAUAGCGGAUGUAAAUGUUCAAGAUAAUGGUGGAAAAACCCCGUUACACGAGUCAGUCGUAAAAGGUGACGAAAACCUGGUGAGAUUACUGCUUGAACACAAAGCGCAUGUAAAUAUUCAAGAUAAAGGUGGCAAAACCCCGCUGCACGAGUCAGUUAUAAAGGGUGACGAAAACCUGGUGAGAUUACUCCUUGAACACAAAGCGGGUGUAGAUAUUCAAGAUAAUGGUGGCAAAACCCCGCUACACGAGUCAGUCAUAAAGGGUGACGAAAAUCUCCGGGGAUUACUCCUUGAACACAAAGCGGAUGUAAAUAUUCAAGAUAAUGGUGGCAAAACCCCGCUACACGAGUCAGUCAUAAAGGGUGACGAAAACCUCGUGAGAUUACUCCUUCAACACAAAGCCGAUGUAAAUAUUCAAGAUAAAGGUGGCAAAACCCCGCUACACGAGUCAGUCAUAAAGGGUGACGAAAACCUGGCGAGAUUAUUCCUUGAACACAACGCGGAUGUAAGUAUUCAAGAUAAUGAUGGAUGUACACUACUGUACCACUCAGUCAUAAAAGGUGACGAAAACCUCGUGAGAUUGUUACUUGACCAUUACGCAGAUGUAAAUUUUCAAGACAAUCGUCGAGAAACACCACUACUUACGUCUUUCAAAAGUGGCCACAAAAACCUCGUUAGGUUGUUAGUUGAACACAACGCAAUUGUAAAUGUUCAAGAUGAAAAAGGAAAUACACCUUUGCACCAGUACGUCAUGGAGGGUGACGAAAAUCUCGUUAGAUUGUUACUUGAACAUAGGGCGGGUGUCAAUAUUCAAAAUAAAGAUGGAUAUACACCACUGCACCGUGUAGGGAACAAUGAAAACCUCUGUAGAUUGUUACUUGAACACAACGCGGAUGCAAAUGUUCAGGAUAGUAAUGGAUAUACAGCCCUACACCAGGCAGUCAUUAAUGGUGUCGUAAACCUCAUUGGAUUGUUACUUGAACACAAAGCGGAUGUAAAUAUUCAAAAUAAAUUUGGAUUCACACCAUUGCACCUGUCAGCUCUUUCCAGUCACAAAGCUUGCAAUAAGAUAAUCGAUCUCCUGCUGCAGUAUGGAGUGCAAAAUAUAGACAUCCGCGACAUAGAAGGUGGAACUCCUCUUCAAAUGGCAGUGAGAUCUGGUAACGCGCAAGCUGUCAAAAAGCUUGUUGAUCUAGGAGCUGAUGUCAGUCUGGUUAAAGCCGAUGAAAAGGAUGCCAUGAUACUGGAACGCUUGAGGCGCGCUGAAGCGGAGAGCGUGGAGUAA